AUGGAAUUAGCUGUCGCUCCACAAGAUCAAGAUAUUCUUUUAAAGGAUAAAAACGUUAUCAAUGAAUCAGUCUUGAAUAAAUAUAGAUUAGCUGGUCAAGUUUCUCAAACUACAUUAACUUAUUUAACAAAAUUAAUUAAUGAUUCUUAUCAUUUAGGUAAAGGUCCAAAAGUUUCAUCAGAUGAAUUAGCCAUCUUAGGUGAUUCUUUCUUAGCUUCAUCAUUAGAAACUGUUUAUAAUAAAGGUUCAAAUCAUGUUAAUGAAAAAGGUAUUUCUCAACCAGUUACAAUUGAUGUUAAUAACGUUUCAAAUGGAUUUGGUCCAGAAUUAGAUGAUGAACAUAAAAACUUCAAAUAUUUCGAAGCUGGUGAUAUUGUUACUAUUUCAUUAGGUUGUCACGUUGAUGGUUAUACCUCUAAUUUAUCACAUACUUUAGUUAUUUAUCCACAAGGUGAACAAACUCAAGAAGGCAGUGAUGAAUUACGUCCAACUGGCCCAUUAUUAGGUCCAAAAGCUGAUGCAGUUAUUGCUGCUCAUAUUGCAAGUGAAACUGUUAUUGCUUUAUUAGGUAUUUCAUUAACCCCAGAAAAAUUCCCAACUUUUUUAAAGACAUUAAAUAAUGGCUCAAACGCUAUAACUGGUAGCUUAAUCAGAUCAAUUGUGGAUGAAGUUGCUGAAUCUUUCAAAUGUAUUGUUGUUCCAGGCUCAAGAGUUCGUCGUAUCAGAAGAUUUUUAGCUGGUCAAGCUGAAGGUGUUGUUGCAGAAAAAGAAUAUAAAGGUGUCGUAUGGUCAGAAGCUGAUCAAGAAGCUAGUUUAUUACAAAAAGCUGCUGAUAAUGCAUCAAAAGAUUUAGUUAAAUUAGAUAAAGAUGUUAAAGGUACUGGUGUCAAUCAAUUAAGUGCCAUUCCAUCUGAUGAUUUUGUUGUCAACCCAGGUGAAGUUUACCUUGUUGAUAUUAAAAUGGCUCCAAUUAGUGAAUUUAACGAAGUUGGUUUAGUCACUUUACAUAAUGUUGAUGGUUAUACCGGUAAAAAUCAUGAUGAUCAAUCUUUAAAUAUUAAACCAAGUAUAUUUGUUAGAGAUUUUGCUAUUCAUCAUACAUUAAAAUUAAGAACUUCAAGACAAACAUUAACUAAAAUUGAUCAAACAAGAUCAGUUUAUCCUUUCAAAUUAAGUCAUUUAUCUGACUCUUUCCCAAUUAAUUUAAGAAACAUUUCAUCUUUUGGUUCAAAAGAAUUAACUGAAGAUAUUGAAUCCAUUAAAAAAGAUAUAAGAUCAGCAAGAUUAGGUUUAUCAGAAAUUGUUAAUAAUCAUUUAGCAGUUGCUAAACCAGUACAGAUUGCUAAAUUCUUACCAUUACAUAUCAUUUUGAAAGCUGCUAACUCAACAGGUUCUCAUGGUUAUGAUGCUGAAAAUCCAACUUUACCAGGUUUAGAAUUACCAUUACCAAGAUUAGGAGUUUCUUCAUUAAAAUUAAAAUCAUUAUUAAAGAAAAAUUCAGUUCCAAUCCCAGUUGCAAGAGAACAAUCUACUGUUGUUUUAAUUCAAUCAGGUAUUUCAUCUGGUGGUAGACCAGAAGUUUUAAGAUUAACUGGUGGAUCUAAAACUUCUAAACCAAGUUGGGUUCAUUCAAACUAUCAAUUAAAUGAAACAAGAAUUUUAGUUCAAGGUGCUAUCGAAUUGAUUAAAUUAUCUCAAGAUAAGAGAUUUGGUAUUAACAUUCGUGAAUGUCAACCAAUGAAGUUAACAAAUAUCUUAAGUUUUGAUGGUUCAUUAAAUGAUACUGAACAAAUGAAUAUUGAUUAA